AUGGAUCUUGACGUUGAUGGCAUCUGGUCGGAUACCUCUGAUGAGGAGGAGGAGGAGGAUGUCCAGACUAACCUGCCCCUUUUAUCUCGUGCCUAUCAGAUUGAGAUGUUCAACCAUAGUAUGAAAGGCAACAUUAUUGCUGUUAUGGCCACUGGUAGUGGGAAAACACAGAUUGCCAAACUGCGAAUAGAGGCAGAACUGGAGCGUUCCCCGAACAAAUUGGUAUGGUUCACUGCCCCCAGUGUGGUCUUAGCAUAUCAACAGUACCGGUUCCUGUCACAACAGCUGCCGGCAUUCCAGUUCAGGCUGCUAACGGGCAUGGACAACUGUGAAUAUUGGACUACCAAGGACGUUUGGGAUCAAGUCCUCCAUAAUAUUCAUGUUGUUGUUUCGACAGUCGCCAUCCUGAAUGAAGCUCUCAACUACGGUUUCUUUUCCCUGGCUGACAUUUCGUUGCUUGUUUUCGACGAAGCCCAUCAUGGUAUCAAGAGUGAUGUUCAGAACAAACUCAUGACGAACCAUUACCACCCAUACAAUGUACGCGGGUCUGACUUCAAACUGCCCCAUAUACUUGGGCUCUCCGCAAGUCCGAUCACCAGCAAGGCUGUCUCAGAGAAAGAUGCGUUGGAGACGAAUCUCAACGCCAUAUGCAAGAGUCCGUUGCAGCAGCUAGAAGAAUACACAGCUUUCGUGAGCAGUCCAGAAGUGAUAAGAUUGUCAUAUAGCGACGCCCAGCAACCUCCCUCCGAAUUCUUCGUCGCAUUAGCCGGCAUUGUCUCUGGCAUCCACAUACAUGCUGACCCGAUUAUGGAGAUUCUCCGAAGGAGAGAUGAUCCAGAAGCGCGCAUCAAGCUUGAGAAAAUCUUCAAGAAGAACUGCACGCCAGCUUUGGCUGAAUUGAGGUCAUUUGAACGGUCAAGCAAAGGCAUACAAGAAAACCUGGGAAAUUGGGCCUGCGACAUGUUCAUCAAGCAUUGUGUUAAGACGGUUGAGAUGAAAGAGCUCUCCAUACUUGACCAACGAACCACAAACUCGUCUCUUUCUCAAGACUAUCGAUUUAUAAAAUCCUGUCUCCAGCCUCUUGAUGAGCAGAUACGGUGCAAUCGUUUGACCAUCUCUGCGGAGGGCAGCAUUUCGCCAAAGGUUCGAGUGCUUCUUCGCUUCCUCCAAGAGGAGCAUGGCCCAGACCUCAGCUGUCUUAUUUUUGUGAAAACUAGGAACACGGCGUGGGCCUUGGCUGAGGUUCUCAAUAAUCAUUCGCUCACAAAAGGCUCCUACAAAGCAUUUUCCUUUGUCGGGGUGCGUAAUCCAUCUCAUGCGGGCAUAUUUGAUUUUGCAGACCUACGCCUUCAGCAUGACAACCUCGAGAAAUUCCGAAGAGGAGAGCUCAAUCUCUGUGUGGCGACUUCGGUGCUCGAGGAGGGCAUUGACGUGCCUGCAAUGAACCUGGUGAUUUGUUUCGACGAGCGACCAACCUUUCGGAGUUUCCUCCAAAGCAGAGGCAGAGCCCGGCAAAAGGGGUCGAGGUUGGUGCUCUUCCAGGAGGCCGAUGCCAAGUUGCAAAAAUGGCAAAAACUGGAGGAUGAGAUGAGGCAGGAGUGUGAAGAUUCUUAUCAGGAGCUGGAAGAGCGAAAGCGCAUCGAAAACGUGGAUGAAUCUGGUAAAGAGGUCUAUAGGGUUGUUUCCACAGGUGCCACAUUGACUUAUGACAGGUCAAGGCAGCUCCUGGAUCGAUUUUGCGCAAAACUGCCCAGGACGGGUGAGUUCGAACAAUCGAGGCCGAUAUUCUGCAUUGAGGGCGAACCCGGCAUCGAAAUGGGGGCGACAGUAUACCUUCCAGCUACACUUCCCCCGAACUUGCAGACGGCAGAGUCGAAGUUUAGCUGGCGAACGGAGAAAGUGGCAAAGCAAGACGCCGCCUUCCAGGCCUAUCUCGCACUUUACAAGGCUGGACUUGUGACGGAACAUCUCUUACCCCCGGAGUGGCCGACAGAAGAUAACACCGAAUGUUCAGCCGAAUCUUCGAUCGAGAAGAGAGACAGUGACUACGAUGUACAGAGUCAACACGAUCCUUGGCCUGUGCUCAUGAAACUAUGGACAACCUCUGGCAAAGUCUUUGCUCACCGUCUUCACGUCGAAGCUGCCGACUGCGUUUAUCCUACCAUGCUCCUGCUUCUUCCUCAGAAACUUUCCAGUUUUACUUUCCCCCUUGUUUCUACGCCGUCCAGCUCCAUGCAAGUUAGUGUAGGUACCGGGAAGGAGAUGGACGAUUUCCCUGCAGAUCUAGGCCGAGAUAUAACUUUUCUUGUUCUGGACACGAUACUCGGGCGAAGACUACAAGGCCUCCAGAAAGAACUGCUUCCGUUCUGUCUCGUCCCCGAUCUGGACUUGCCAUCAAUCUGGGCCUGGUAUCAGAAGGCGUCUAGCACCAUAUCAACGACAAAUUUUCUGAGGACAUGUCCUGGCGACGACAAGCAAUAUCUGGUACGGUACAAGCAACACCCUGUUCCCUACGUAUGGCAGCCCGUCAUUCAACAAGACAACGCCCACCAUCAUGGACAGGUGCUCGAAAGCAUGAACAGCAUCACGGAAAUCAGUGCGACCACACUUCCAAGGAGGCUAGACUAUCUGACUCUGCCACAAGACCCUCCGGCAACCAGUUCCGACACAUUCACAGUCCUACCUGUGGCACAGUGUUCAGUGUUAGGAUUACCUGUAGCAUACGGACGGCUGGCCUUGCUCAUACCGUCAAUCACAUACAUGCUUGAGGUUGCCAUGCGCACCACCGAAGCGUGUAAAGGACCUUUGCUCAGCCUCAGCCUCGACAGUGUCGAUCUCGUGUCUGAAGCAUUGUCACUUCCUAACACAGGUAGUCGAAAUUACGAGCGGCUCGAGUUUCUCGGAGACGUGUUGCUCAAGUUUUACUCUUCACUUCAAGUUUUUCUCGAUUAUCCAAACCAUCCAGAAGGCCAGCUCACUCUCUUCCGCGGUCGGAUCAUCAACAACGCGCGGCUGCAACGAGCGACCCGGGCUUUGGGACUGGAUCAGUAUCUGACUCGAGUCCGGUUCGCGGGCUCUCAAUGGUCAAUGGGCGUGCGCGACCCGAAAGUACGAGCCAAGAAGCCGCCGCAGACACGGUUGUCGUCGAAGAUAUUGGCGGAUGUGGUCGAAGCAUUAAUCGGGGCUGCCAGUACCAGUGGCGUCGGAUCAAAAGACAAGGAAGCCAAGGUGCUUUCAGUACUGAGGCUGUUCAUCGAUGAUGUCUCGUGGAAGUCUGUGUCAGAGAACAUCGCCACAUUCCAGCCGCCAGAGUGGCCGUCGAGCCAACGACCUGAGGUGUUGAAGUCAGUUGAGUCCUUGAUCGGCUACACCUUCACGUGUCAUGCUCUCCUGACACAGGCUCUGACCCGAUCGGGCUUUGGAGGCGCCGCCGUCUCGUCGUACGAUCGGCUUGAGUUCUUGGGUGAUGCUAUCCUCGACCGCAUUGUGAGUCCGACGCUUUUUCAUAGUUCCCUUCAACUCGAUCCCAAUCAGAUGACGGUCCGGCGUCACGCCCUAGCCAGCCAUGCAACGCUGGCUUUCUUCGCCCUCCAGACUUCAGCCAGCCGCAGCACAUACGAUGUGCAGACGGAGCUCGACACGAAACGCACGGUGAGUCGGGAGAAGGCUGAGACGGUCCACCUCCCGGACUAUAUCCGACGCAUCGGCGACCCCCUGGCGCCCGGGCAGCGAAAAGCCACAUUGGCAGCCUACGAAGAAGUGCGGUCCUCGGUGCUCGCGAGUUUUCGCAACGGCAGAAAAUUCCCCUGGAGCGCGCUCUCCCGCCUGGGCGCUCCGAAGUGCUACUCGGACAUCGUGGAAUCGAUCCUCGGCGCCGUCUUCCUCGAUUCCGCGGGCGACAUGACGGCGUGUGAGGCGGUGCUGGAGAAGAUGGGGUACAUGGAGCUGGUGCGCCGCCUGGCCACGGACAGGGACAUUGACGUGGACCAUCCCGAGCAAGUUCUGGGCCAGAGGUUCACGAAAUACGCCCUGGUCGCGCAGGAGCGGAAGAAGACGGACGUGGGCGAGGCCGUUCGCGGCCGUUGGAGGUGCAAAGUCAUGGUCGAGGGGACGCGGAUCGCAUUCGUGAAGGGCGCCACCUGUAAGGAGGAGGCACAGUGUCGCGCGGCGGAGAAGGCGGUGGGGAUGGUGGUGAGUUGCGAGAGGGAGCACGAGGACGGUCGGGAGCACGAGGAAGAAAUGCUCGACUAG